AUGGUAAAUUUGAUGGAGGUCCUUGCUGUGGAUGUACGGCUCUUUUACGAUGAUUUUAACGUGGAGGAAAAAAUAAUGCUCCUUACAUGUCCUGUUGAGGUGCCACAGGUGAAGGUGAUGCUGAAGGUGGGGGAGCAGGAGCCGGACUCGCCGCUGACGGUGGACGCGCGGAGGAGGCAGGUGACCCUGACCGACCCCGCGGCCGCCUCCACCACCGCUCCCGAGGACCGCAGGCUGGCCGUCGCCGCGCCCAAGAUGUUCGCCUUCGACGCCAUCUUCACCCAGCAAGAUCCCAGGGGCUCUGCGGUACCUAAUGCAGAAUUACUGUCUCCAGCAGGCACCUCGCUGCUGAACAUGGUCCUUCCUUCCCUCGGAGCUAAUCCUCUACUCAGAGGAUCGUCCAUGAUGGACGAUGAGGCGCCGAAACGAGAAGAACAGCUUCUAGGAGGGGAGGUUUGCGCCACGGCCCUCACGGAUAUAAUCCACGCGGUUCUCAACGGAGCUGACGGCUGCCUCUUCACCUUCGGCCACUCCAGGCUAGCUUGCAAGGGAAAGCUCAGGCCAUAUGGAGUAUCAUGA